GUUGAGAUUCCAAAUUUGCCUCAUCUGAAAGUCAAGGCUUUUGGGCAUGAUACUUUCCAGAAUACGGUGACUACAGCAUUUCCGAAAAGUACCACAAUUAUCCAUGUCAAGUCGAUACAAGCACGAGCAUAUCGGCAUUUGACUCUUAACUGGGAUCCGAGGUCACAUUGUGGGGUGCUAUGAGACACGGAGCUAUCCUAAGCUUCCAUCAAUGUAGCUUCGUCAAUGAGUCUUCCUCCAUUCUUGUCUUGAGCCUGACUUUCGAGCUGUCCAGUUCAGCCUGAAGAAGUGUGUGCACAAUGAGGGCCUCGAAGUCACUUCAAGUUAAACGUUAAGCAUCAAAAUAAGAAACAGCCCAAUUGCGGGAAAUCUAGGACAUUCACACCCUUAAUCUGCAGUCACAGAAUUAUCUGAUUGAUUGAUUAAGGCCGCCCCAUGAGGAAACAUCCCACGCUACGGCAAUUCCUUGCCGAGUGUCGACGAGCUAACUUAGCAGCAGCAAGCCACCAACCAUCCAACAACCCAAACAAGUCCGAUCAUGGGCUGUUUUCUGACCAUCGCUCCGGUACUCGGUAGCUCGCGCUUCAUUCUCGACCAGGUUCUCAUGUUCGAGGUUUUUUUUUACAUUCCGCGCUUUACUCUGCUGAUCCUUGCGGCAUCUCAAAAGUGCAACUCGUCUAAGUAUACGCUUAGCCAACAAGCUUAGCUUACAAGGUUGUUAUGCGGAUGCUAAAUCAGAUCGUGUCUUCCGACCCCCUGCUCGAGCUCUUCUUCUCGUAAGGGCAAAAAAGUUAUCUGAUCGGCAGCCUGUGAUGACUGGAUCGUUCACAAGCUGCUCCAGUCCCAAACGAACCAAGUGUAACAUCAAAUUCAAUAUCUCCGUUGCCACACCCUCUUCUCGACAGUCCCAUACUUCUCACUUUGCUGUAUCACCUUAUACUUGAGCUCGAGACAGCCCCUCUCUUAUCUUGAGCCCAACACAGCUCUCUCAAGUGACUCAACUGCACAACACAACACAACACUAUCAACUGUCAACAUGGCCGUAGACGUCUUUGCGGUUCCUGUCUUCCUUGUUGUCUUUCGAGAGACUCUUGAGACAGUCAUCAUCGUUUCUGUCUUGCUUGCUUUCCUCAAGCAAACCCUUGAUGGUCCCAAUGGUGACAUCAAAGUGUACAAACAGCUGAGACGUCAGGUCUGGCUUGGAACGGGUAUCGGAUUCUUCAUCUGCUUGGUUGUCGCCGCUGCUGUCAUUGGUGUCUUCUACACCGUUGGCAGGAACUCAUGGGCGAAGAACGAGUACUACUAUGAAGGUGCAUUCUGUCUCUUUGCAUCCCUAAUCAUCUCCGUCAUGGGCGCAGCUCUGCUCCGUAUCGGCAAGAUGCAAGCAAAGUGGCGAGUCAAGCUGGCAAAGGCUCUCGAAUCGCCAAUCAAAGCUGGUUCCAAGGGAUGGUUCAAGCAGUUUAUCGAGAAGUACGCUAUGUUCGUCUUGCCUUUUGUCACUGUCCUUCGAGAGGGUAUCGAGGCUGUCGUCUUCGUCGCUGGUGUGUCCUUUUCUGCUUCGGCCAAGUCCAUUCCUCUCCCAACUGUUGUCGGCCUCUUUGCCGGUUGCUGUGUUGGCUAUCUUCUUUACAAGGGUGGCGCGAGCACCAAACUUCAACUCUUCCUCGUUCUCUCGACCUGCCUCUUGUACCUUGUGGGUGCUGGUCUCUUUUCUCGCUCUGUCUGGAGUUUCGAGAUGGCCAAGUGGAAUGAGUACAUUGGUGGUGAAGCUGAUGAGUUUGGAAACGGACCUGGUUCCUAUGAUAUUGACCAGAGUGUCUGGCACGUCAACUGCUGUGCCUCCACCGAAGCUAUUCAGAACGGCUGGGGUAUCUUCAAUGCCAUUCUUGGCUGGACAAACUCCGCUACUUAUGGCUCUGUCAUCUCAUAUAACCUAUACUGGAUUUGCGUCAUGAUCGGUUUCAUCGUCAUGCGUUUUAAGGAGACACAUGGCAGGCUGCCUUUCGGAAAGGCGAAGGCUCCUGCCAACGCUGUUGAUGAUGCUGAGAGCCACGCAAGCUCAACUCCCAAGAACGCUGCAACAGAGAAGACUACUACCGCUUAGGAGAACAUAUAACAAGAGAGUCUAGGACUCAUCUGCUGAUGGUUCAUUGUAUAAUUCACUUAGCUUUCUAACGACUCUAUGAGUCUAGCUUGGUCUAUAUCCAAUCACACGCAACAAGCAAGUCUUGUUCUAUCUUAUCAAUUUUCAGGAGUCCAAUCCCAUUCAUCUGCCAUGAACAUGGCCUUUGCCAUUUUGUCUACAUAAAGUGCUCCUUCGUAACGUAACCUUUGAUCGUUCGCAAUCGCUCGUGUAAACUGAAACUUUUUGGGUGGGUUAUCUUUAUCGUCGACAGCGUGUUCUCUAAGAGCCAGCCACGAGAUUUCAACCGGCCUCUUUUUCCAGUCGGCAUACGGUAUCGCGAUGACACCAGCUGAGAGCAUAGAUCGCAUAUAACUCAGGAUUGGUUCCAGUCGAACCCGUAACCCGCAGUUUGUGUGAUGCUUGUCAAUCUGAUAACUCGGGCACUGUUGAAGCGUUGAAAGGAGCUCCUCAAUCUCGAUCAUCGCAGUAUCAGGAACCAUGUUCAACGACGCUGGACUGUAGUCAACGAGGAAGAGCAAAUUCUUGUUCACCAAGAAUUUGAGCAUUUGACCAAGCUGGUAAGAGUCACAUGCCGCACUCGAGUCAUACCCGAGUUUACACUGCCUCUCUCGAGAUGAGAACAGUGCGAGGAAAUGCCGUUGGACAGAGGAGACGGUGUUGAGGAUACACUCACGCCUAUGUCGGAG